AUGGCUAAUAAUAACGAGUUUCGCGUUAUCAUCGCGGGCGGCGGCCCCGUCGCCCUCGUGGCUAUGCAUGCACUCAACAAGGCGGGCAUCGAUUCGAUUAUCCUGGAGAAACGGAACGCUUUGGAUGUCCUUUCAGGAGCUUCACUUGCAGUAUGGCCACACAAUGUGCGCAUCCUGGAUCAACUGGGUUUGCUUCAGGAGGCCGAGAGUAUUUACCUGCCGGUGUUGAAGAAGCACAAUCUUCGACGAGAUGGCUCAGAAAUCUCCAGGAGCAAUAUGUUUGAGGCCAUUGAGAUCAAUCAUGGCCACAAAUGGAUGUGUUUCCACAGGGCGAAGUUGAUGACCAUGUUAUACGAGACGAUGCCAAACAAGGAAACCAAGGUUUUCACGAAUAAGGAGGUGGUUGCCAUCGAAACGACAGAGACUGGCGUCACAGUGACCUGCGCCGACAAGACCACUUAUUCCGGCUCCAUGGUCUUGGGUGCCGAUGGCGUGCACAGCGCUGUCCGUCGCCUCAUCAAUGAGCAAGCCACCAGCACCGGUGCCAAGCUCACGUCAAAGCAGCAAGACCCCUUCUUGACCUCAUACCGGGCUCUAUACGGAUAUGCCGAUAAGAUGGACUCCCUCCUCCCCACGGUCCUUUACGAAACACAUAGCGAUAAAAUGACCAUCCAGGUCAUCGUGGGAGAGAAAAGUCUCCACUUCGCCGCUUAUGAGCGGCUUGCAAAGCCGACGAAGGAACGAGCUCGGUUUUCCGCAGAGGACCAGGACUCCUUCGCCAAGAAGUAUGCCGACGUCCGGUUCUCCGACUCUGUCACCAUGGGAGAUAUCUGGGCCGCAAAGCGAUGGAGCUCCAUGAACUAUCUGGAAGAAGGCGUCGUGGAGACGUGGCACGGCGGCCGCGCCGUGCUCGUUGGGGAUGCGGCGCACAAAAUGACGCCGAAUGCGGGAUUUGGCAUGAAUAGUGGGAUGCAAGGGGUCGUGCAGCUUGUGAACAGACUGCGGGCACUACUACAGAUCUCGCCAGCACCGGAUGCGGCGGAGCUGACGCGCGUGUUUGAGGACUACCAGACGGACAGGAUGAAGGAAACCAAGGACAUAGUGUAUUGCUCGGGAUUAUACACUAGGCUUGUGGCAUGGAACAACCCGGUUUGGAAGUUUGCAGAUCAGCAUGUGCUGCCGCAUGUUAAUGGGGAUGUUAUGGCGUUGAGGUUGCUGAUGUCGCCUAUUGUGAAGAGGGGGGAAACGUUGGAUUUUCUGGAGGAGAGGGAGUUUAAAGAGGGAAAGGUGGCUUGGAAUAACGGACAGAGGACUGUGAAGGCUCAGGAGUAA